AACACAGAAUCAGAAAUAGAAGGAUUUGUUCUUUCGAUCAAAACACCCUUUUUGCCAAAAGAGAAAGGUUUCAUUCAAUGGCAAAGAUUCCCUCUCUGUUUUGGGUCUCUCUCUUCUUAUUAUCAUCUUCUUUUUCUGUUUCUUUGGACUAUAGUGUCAUCACUCCAAGAGACUCUCUUACGGAUGGAGAUACUCUUAGUUCUACAGACGAUGUCUUCCAAUUAGGGUUUUUUAGUUUUGACCAAGAAGAGCAGCCUCAACAUCGAUUUCUUGGCUUGUGGUACAAGCAACCAUAUGCAGUCAUUUGGGUAGCCAACCGAAAUAAUCCUCUCUACGGCACUUCUGGAUUCUUGAACUUGAGUUCUCGUGGCGAUCUUCAGCUAUUCGACGGGGAACAGAGAACCUUAGGUUUACCACAAUUGAUCUUGAGGAAGAGAGGAGAUCCGAGUUACUCAUAUCGCUUGGGGUCUUGGAACGGCUUAUCCUUCACCGGAGCUCCAGCUAUGGGACGAGAGAACAGCUUAUUUGACUACAAAUUCAUGUCGAGUGAGCAAGAAGUAAACUACUCGUGGACCCCUAGACGCCAAAUUGUCUCAAGAUUGGUUUUAAACAACACAGGGAAACUCCAGAGGUUUAUCCAGUCGAAGCAGCACCAGUGGAAGUUAGCAAACACCGCACCCGAAGAUGAGUGUGACUACUACUCCAUAUGUGGAGCUUACGCAGUUUGUGGGAUCAAUAGCAAACACACAGCUUCUUGUUCAUGCUUACAGGGUUUCAAGCCAAAGUCAGGUCGAAAAUGGAAUAUCUCGAGAGGAGCAGACGGGUGUGUCCAUGAGUUUCCAACAAAUUGCGGAAAGAAAGAUAUAUUUGUGAGGAUCAAGUGUUCAAGUAACUGUUCCUGCACGGCUUACGCGAAUACUGAUAUACGCGAGGGAGGCAAAGGAUGUUUGCUUUGGUUUGGUGACUUGGUUGAUAUGAGGGAGUAUUCAAGCUUUGGACAAGAUGUUUAUAUAAGAAUGGGUUUUGCUAAAAGGGAGUUUAAAGGAAAAGAAAAGGUGGGAAUGGUCGUUGGAUCAGUGAUAGGCAUCGCAGUUGUUUUAGUUGCAGUGUUUGCCUGUUUCAGAAAGAAGUUGUUGAAGAGAUGUCGUGGAGAAAAUUGGAGAAAAGGGAUUGGGGAAGAAGACAUGGACUUGCCUAUUCUUGACAUUAAAACGAUUUCCUUAGCCACUGAUGAUUUCUCACACGUAAACUUUCUAGGAAGAGGAGGGUUUGGACCAGUUUACAAGGUGUGGAAACUGUGGGUUGAAGACAGAGCAAUAGAAGUACCUGAGGAAGAUUUGUUGGAAGAGACAUGUGUCGUCUCAGAGGUUUUGAGAUGUAUCCAUGUGGCUUUGCUUUGUGUACAACAGAAACCAGAAGACAGACCAAACAUGGCUUCUGUUGUCUUGAUGUUUGGGAGUGAUGGUUCUCUCCCUGACCCGAAACAGCCCGGCUAUUUCACCAGCCGAAGCGUUCCAGAUCUUUCUUCAUCCCUAAGCCUACGUUCGGUAAACGAAGUUUCCAUUACAAUGUUGCAAGGUCGGUAACAAAAAAUAAAGAUUAUGUAUGUAUGUAUGUAUAUGCUUGGUAAUGUAAUAAUGUGUCAUAAACAAUCAAACAUAAAAAUAGUAACAGAUUACAGAAUAUAGCAAUAUACAGAGAUCGAUUACAAGGUUCAUCUGGGUUCUUCAGAAAUAUCGGUACACGACUCCUUGAGAGCUUCAUCAAUCAGCU